CGUCGGGUCUCGUGAAUUCCGCAGGCAUGGAGGAAAGCGGGAUAAUUCGCCGCCGGCGGCUACAGAAGGACCUCCCCCUACCCAGGAAAAGCAGCAGCUGUCGCACCACCAACAGGAAGAGCCUCAUCCUCACCAGCACCUCGCCCACCCUGCCCCGCCCCCACUCACCUUUACCUGGACACAUAGGAAGCAGUCCUCUCGACAGCCCACGGAACUUCUCCCCUAGCACCCCUGCCCAUUUUUCCUUUGCUUCGUCCAGAAGAGCGGACGGCCGACGCUGGUCUCUGGCUUCUCUUCCCUCGUCUGGAUAUGGAACCAACACGCCCAGCUCCACAUCCUCCUCCUCCUCUCAGGAGCGUCUGCACCAGCUGCCGUUCCAGCCCACUCUGGAGGAGCUGCACUUCCUGUCCAGGCACUUCGGCAGCAGCGGCAGCGUCACCGACGACGACGGGGGUCGGAGGUCACCGCACACUAUGCACACGCGCCCCCGCUCACGCUCGCUCAGCCCUGGGCGUUCUCCCUGUUAUGACAAUGAGAUUGUCAUGAUGAACCAUGUUUACAAGGAACGCUUCCCCAAGGCGACGGCCCAGAUGGAAGAGCGUCUGUCGGACUUCCUGCAGGCGUUCUCUCCGGACAGCCUGCCCCCGCUGGCUGACGGGGUCCUGAGCUUCAUCCACCACCAGAUCGCCGAGCUGUCCAGAGACUGCCUGAGCAAAUCACGCGAGGGCCUCAUCACCUCCCUCUACUUCUGCGAGCUCCAGGAGAACCUGGACCGACUGCUGAAUGAUGCAUAUGAGCGGUCAGAGAGUUCAGAGCUGACCUUCAUCACAGAGCUGGUGAAGAAGCUCUUCAUCAUCAUCUCACGGCCCGCUAGACUACUGGAAUGCCUGGAGUUCAACCCAGAGGAGUUCUACCACCUGCUGGAGGCGGCGGAGGACCAGGCCAAAGAGGGCCACCUGAUGAAGACCGACAUCCCCCGAUACAUCAUCAACCAGCUGGGACUCAACAGGGACCCUCUGGAGGACAUGGUGGCACUGGAGUGUUACGACAGCGAGGGACCGCACACCCCUGAAACGGACGACCCUGCUGAGGGGAAGAUGAAAGCCAAGAAGCCUCCAUGUGAGUCAGACUUUCAGACCAUCAAACUGAUCAGCAAUGGAGCAUAUGGGGCGGUGUACCUGGUGCGUCACCGUGAGACGCGCCAGCGCUUCGCCAUGAAGAAGAUCAACAAGCAGAACCUGAUCCUGCGCAACCAGAUCCAGCAGGCCUUCGUGGAGCGCGACAUCCUCACCUUCGCCGAGAACCCUUUCGUAGUCUCCAUGUUCUGCUCCUUCGAGACGCGACGACACCUCUGCAUGGUCAUGGAGUAUGUGGAGGGUGGAGACUGUGCCACCCUGCUGAAGAACAUUGGCGCUCUGCCCGUGGAGUUGGCACGCAUGUACUUCGCUGAGACCGUGCUGGCUCUCGAGUACCUGCACAACUACGGCAUCGUGCACCGGGACCUCAAACCAGACAAUCUCCUCAUCACAUCCAUGGGUCACAUUAAGCUGACGGACUUCGGGCUGUCCAAGAUGGGGCUGAUGAACCUGACCACCAACCUCUACGAGGGCCACGUCGAGAAGGACACGCGCGAGUUCCUCGACAAACAGGUGUGUGGCACCCCAGAGUACAUCGCCCCCGAGGUGAUCUUGCGGCAGGGCUAUGGCAAGCCGGUGGACUGGUGGGCCAUGGGCAUCAUCCUGUACGAGUUCCUCAUUGGCUGCGUGCCCUUCUUUGGCGACACCCCCGAGGAGCUGUUUGGACAGGUCAUAACAGAUGACAUUGUGUGGCCUGACGGAGAGGAGGCUUUGCCCGGAGAUGUCCAGGGUCUCAUAUCAGCACUGCUGCAGACCAACCCACUGACACGACUGGGCACAGGGGGAGCUUUUGAGGUGAAGCAGCACUCGUUCUUCAGAGAGCUGGACUGGAACUCGCUCCUCAGGCAGAAAGCAGAGUUCAUCCCCCACCUGGAGUCCGAAGAGGACACUAGCUACUUUGACACACGUUCGGAGCGCUAUCGUCAUGGGAACUCCUACGAGGAGGACGACACGACAGAGGACGAGCCUGUGGAGAUCAGACAGUUCUCCUCCUGCUCUCCACGCUUCAGCAAGGUGUACAGUAGUAUGGAACACCUGACCCAGCUGGACACCAAGGCUCCGACAGUGACCCGUCGGGAGCGCAACGGUCGCCGUGACGAUAAGAUGGCGAAGAGGGAGAGUCUGGGCAGCUUCAGUCUGAGAGAGAAGGGCUGGAGGGCGGGAUCGCCUGAGAUGAAGCGUCUGUCCUGCACGGAGUCGCUGUACUCCGAGGGCGACUCGAGCCCUCCGCUGGGCGCGCGGCGUCGCUUCUCGGCUCUGCUGGACGCGCAGCGCUUGGCCUCUCCACUGGAGGGCGACAUGGAGUUCCUCUCCAGGCAGAGCCCCGGCGGCGGCAGCACCGGCACCAGGCCGCGCGGAAUCUCACUGGAGGCAGGGGUCCCCAUCGCCAUGGCAAUGGCCCAAACAGCAGCCUCCAGCAGCAAAGAGGGAGGGGCUACUGCUACAGAAGCCAAGCCAGGGGAUGUGACUCCAUCAGUGGGUCCUGCGGUGGCAGGUGUGGUCGCCAAGGAGACCGUGACCAAGGACGCCGUCUCCACGGAUCCCCUGGCGCCGCGGGCGACCAACGACCUGGUCCUGCGUCGGGCGAGGCAUCAGCAGCUCACCGGGACGCACCGACGCAGCUCCCGCCCUAGCAACAAGGUCAUCAAGUCCGCCUCGGCAACCGCACUCUCAGUCAUGAUCCCGACAGUGGAACAGCACGGAAGCUCCCCAUUGGCCAGUCCCAUGUCUCCCCGCUCGCUCUCGUCCAACCCCUCGUCGCGUGACUCCUCCCCCUGCCGGGACUUCUGCCCCGCUGUCACUCUCCUGCGCUCGCCAAUCACCAUCCAGCGCUCGGGCAAGAGAUACGGCUUCACGCUCCGCGCCAUACGCGUCUACAUGGGCGACACCGACGUCUACAGCGUCCACCACAUCGUCUGGCACGUAGAGGACGGUGGCCCCGCCCAAGAGGCGGGGCUUUGUGCCGGUGACCUCAUCACCCAUGUGAACGGGGAGUCUGUCCACGGAUUGGUCCACACGGAAGUGGUGGAGCUCAUUUUGAAGAGUGGCAAUAAAGUCACCGUGACAACCACCCCCUUUGAGAACACGUCCAUCAAGAUCGGCCCUGCCCGCCGUGCCAACCAGCAGUCCAAGAUGGCGCGCAGGAGUAAGAAGACUCCGGGCAAGGAGGGACAGGACAGUAAGAAGCGGAGCUCUCUGUUCCGUAAGAUCACCAAGCAGUGCAACCUGCUGCACACCAGCCGCAGCCUGUCCUCCCUCACCCGCUCCCUCUCCUCCAGCGAGAGCCUGCCCGCCUCGCCCACGCACGCACUGGCACAGGGCAUCUCCUCUCUGAGCACCUCCCCAGCCUCCAGCACGCCCAACUCUCCCGCCCCGUCCUCUUCCUCCUCCUCCUGCUCCUCCUCCUCCUCCGUGAUCUCCCAUCAGCCCCCGGGGCCCGGCGGCGCUGGCGGUCGUCACAUGCGCCCCUCCUCGCUGCACGGCCUCUCGCCCAAACUCCACCGCCAGUACCGCUCGGCGCGCUGUAAGUCGGCGGGCAACAUCCCGCUCUCGCCGCUCGCCCACACGCCCUCGCCCCCCCAGGCCUCCUGCCCGCCGUCCUCCUCCGGCUCCCCCCCUCCGCCACCAGGGGGCGCCACCCCACCGCUGCCUGGACACCACGUGCCCGGGAGCAGCCACACCACCCAGGCGUUCCCACCGGCGAAGCUGCACCCGGGUUCGUCGUCCUCGUCGUCCCCGGUGAUGGUGCGUCCGCGGCCCAAGAGUGCCGAGCCCCCGCGGUCGCCGCUGCUGAAGCGCGUGCAGUCGGCCGAGCGCCUGGCGUCCUCGCCGCUCUCCUCCUCGCCGCCCUCGGGCUCCGCCAUGACGACCGGCUCGCCCUCGGCAACGGGGGCGCACAGGAAGCACAGCCUGGAGCUGGGCGUCGUCGGCGGCGUCGGCGGCGUCGGAGGCAUCGGAUUGGCCGACUACAGGAAAGAGGGCGGGUUCCUGUGCGGGGAGCCGCCCCUGCAGAGCCUUCCGGAAACGGAGGCCGAGACGCUGGGCGUGCCCCCGUCGCCGCCGUCCCCUCCGCCGAAGACGACGCCGAUGACCCCGUCGUCGCUACCGGAGACGGGCGUGCUCAUCGUGAAGCCGAUGAGGAAGCUGGGCCGCCAGGAGUCCCCGCUGAGCCGAGAGGUGCUGUUCCGGGAGCGAGAGAGGGAGCGAGAGAGGGAGCGAGAGAGGGAGAGGGGAAGAAGGGACAGAGACCGAGAGAGAGAGAGAUCCUGGGACGCCACGCUGGGCCGGUCGGUGGCCAAGCUGGAGAGGACCACCCCGUCUGGAGCUUCGUCCGCAGACGCCCGGGCUGGAGGCGACCGCAAGCCCGCAGACGGUAGGCCCGCGUUGGGGGACGGAGGAACGGGCGAACCCCCUGGAACCACAUCAACAUCCAAAACCACCACCAUGUCCAACACUGAGACCACAGGUUUUCCCGCCCAGUGCAAACUCAGCGACCCCUCGACAGCAAAAGCGUCCUUAAGCUCUGGUGCUGCUACCCCUGAAUCCGAGGCCGUCCGACCUGCCAGCGCGUCUCUGUCUCCGACUGCUGCAAAAACGACAGAUCCCAGAAUUCUUGGCAGCGUGGCAGUCGCAACAGAUCCUGGAUGUGGCGCCAAAUUCCUCCCAGCCUCCUCCGGCAAGCAGAGCCAGCCAGAGAAAACGGCCAAGCAGCUGCAGCCUCAGUUAGAUCGAGUUCAGGCUAAACCUGAUGGAAAGGACAUUCCAGGGAGUUCUAAGGUGGUCGCACAGGCCCUUCCACAGGCGAAGAGUUCUGCAGGCCAGGGUUCCGCACCUGCUAUUGUCUCAGAACCUUCUAGAAUCUCCAAAGCGCCUGGUGUAGGUGAGGGAGUUCUGAAAAAGAAUGGCCUGGACACCCCCACUACUAGGCUUCCAGACCCCAGGCUGAGAGGCUCCAUAGCUGGUCCUGUGAAGGGACUGCUCGCCGUGGGCCCAGCCCAGGUCCAGGCCCCCGUCCUGGGGAAGAUGCGUCAGGAGAAGGGCCUGGCAGUGAACUGUUUCCGGGGCACCCUUGACUGGGAAGAGAAGCGACUGUUGGAGGUGGUGGAGGAACAUUCGCCGUCCCCGACUCCAAGCCCCUCCCCCACCGCCACGCACACUCCCAUCUCCAUCCAAUCACGGCCCGUCUCCCCAGGCGACCGCAGCGGCGGCUCUGCACAACAGCCAACAGCCAAGAUGGCCUCCUCCCCAGCUCCUCAUACUCCUUCAGCUCCUCCUCCCGUCACUCCCAAGAGCCAGGCCCAAGAGGGGACCAGGGACCGGGAGAGCCCCAAGACCAGUGAGGGGAAGCAGGCAGGCCCAGCAGGAAAGCCUGAGGCUGAGGCAAGAAGUAGGCCCGGACUCACAGUAGCCGCCUCACCAGGGCUUGUCUCUCCUCCUCCUCCUCCUCCUCCUCAACCUCAGUCGGCUAAAAGCCCCAGCAUUCCAAAGCCCACGGCCUGAUGGGUAAAGACUGCCGAGGGAUCGAUGCGUUGGGGGUCAUCAGUUUAGAACCUUAAGGAAACCUUCAUGUCAUGAGUUAGAACUUACCGGAGCAUUCUGGCUGAGACGGUCUUGACCAUGAGGACUAAUGAGACAAAUAUAAGCAAAUGUAGACUCUCUCUCUCUUUUUCUCUUUCUCUCUCUCUCUUUCUCUUUCUCUUGCUCUGUCUCUAGAAUAUGAUUCGGUUGCCAUGGUGAUUUAGGGCUGUCCUUUUUAAAGUUGAAAUCUGUCACAUACACACCUGAUCUAACCGGUACACACCAGGAAGGUGAAGUAUGUAUGUAAGUGAGUGUGGUUGUGUGUGUGUGUAUGUGUGUGUGUGUGUGUGUGUGUAGAUAUGCAAAUGAAGUGCUUUAACAGAAUCACCUGAAGCUGAAAACUGUGAAGACCAAAAUCCAAACUCCUAGCCGACUGAAGAUGCGUGAAGUGUUGGUCCCAGGCCUGCCUGCUGUCGAUGUGAAACACUCUCUCCUAAAGACUCAGAGUGUGAAACACUCUCUCCUACAGAGUCAGAGUGUGAAACACUCUCUCCUACAGAGUCAGAGUGUGAAACACUCUCUCCUAAAGACUCAGAGUAUGGAACACUCUCUCCUAAAGAGUAUGGCGACGCACACUCUUCCUGGGCAGCAUGUGGAGUAUGAUCACAGAUGACAGUAAUGCGCUAAUAGUCUGACGAUGUCUAACAGAGACCAUCAUUCAGCCAUAAGGCCAUGUGUCCGCUGUAGGAACUGGGGCCCGGCUUUCCCUUCCCACUGCAGGGGUUUGACCAAACACACACACACACACACACACACACACACACACACACACACACACACA